AUGAAUGAUGAAAUUCCUAUGAAGAGCCCUGAUGUGGAUAGAAAUCAGGAGCCUGCUGCUUUGUUAACCUCAGAUUUGGCCAGUUCGAAGAAUAAUAAUUUUCAGGAUGCCUGGCAGAAAACGAAACAUACUAAGAUCACUGCUGAUAAGUUGAUCACGGAAUUGUCGAAGGAUGGGAUAGCGGUUAAGCUUAAUGCUGAGAAAGAAGUGUUGAACUCGGAAAUUUUGAGGCACUCGCUGGUGGAAUUGAGGAAGCAGUGGAACAAGUUUGGAAACUUUCAUAUGACGUCGAUUGGUCUUAAUUGGAUUCUUUGCUCCUUCAAAUCUUUGGAAGCAAUGGAGGAAGUCCUUAGCGGUGGCCCCUGGUUCGUUGGUGGCUACAUUGUGGGAAUGGAUAAGUGGUCUCCUUACUUCAAUCCCAAAUCUUUUAAAGGAAUUUCGGCUCCAGUCUGGAUUCGUUUGCCCUGCUUUCCACUGUAUUGCUGGGAUGAGGAGAACAUUAUUCAUUUUGCUUCGAGAAUUGGCGCCCCUAUGCUGCUGGAUGGCAAUUCCUUUAAAUGGGGGAAACGUGAAUUUGCCUGGUGUGGGAAGGUUGGGCAUGAUAGUAAAGUUUGUCCUGAUAUUGUGAGAAAGAAGGCUGUUGAACAGGGUGGAAACAUGGCAGAGGUUGUAAAAAAUGGGGAAGAUGUGAUGGAAAUGCAAGGUGAAGAUGGAGAUUAUGGGCCCUGGAUUCACGUGAAGUUUAAAAACAAAAGAAUAAGGAAUGAUAAUAUGACCAUGGCUGGAAGGAAUGGUAAAAAUAAUGCGUUUGAUCAGGUGAAGAAAAAUGUUGCAAAAGAUGUUAGUAUUGAAGAAAGUGGCAAGGAAAAUGCUGCAGAAUGUGAAUUGGGGAUUUCGACUGCUAACAAAUUUGAUGCUCUACUAGAAGAUGUUGAAGAGGGGGAGGUAAGAGAACUUCCUUGUGUAGAGCAACAACAGGAGUCUGGUGCUGUUGAUCUGCCUGAGAAAAUUGAUGUAGUUGCUUCUCAGGGUAAUAGCUUGGUGAAGACGAAGUUGGUUAAGGAAUUGAAGUCAUUGGGUCCAUUAGAACCGGAACACAGGAAGAAGAGGAAAGAGGGGGGCCAGGAAAAAAGAGGCUUCCUUGUAUCUCAAGGAAAUUAUUAG